AUGGCCACUGAGGCGUUUGUGAAACCUGUGGUGCCAAAUGGUCAUGACGGGUACGAGGAUGAUGAUGAUGAAGAUGAAAUGCCUUUGGUUUUCAAGAGAAACAAUAGUAAUACAUCAUCUUCCUCGAAUCGUCCAAAGCCUAAUAAUGCUCAGAGAAACUCGGCUAUGGGUUCCACCAAGUCCCCACCACCAAUGAGGUCUCCUUUAACAAGCCCGAAUAGACCAGCUUCGUCGGGUAGAAGCUCAAUGAUGAAACCGUCGUUACCUUCGUCUUCUUCUGUUCAGCGUUCGACGGUGAAGUCGCCAUUGCGGGAUGGUAGAUCCGUUGUUGCUGCUAAGGAGAGGAACGGUUUGGGAAAAGCUCCGUCUGUGUCUAAAAGUGACGAUGAUGAGGAUUCUGAGGAUGAUAAGCCUUUGAUUGUGAGGCUUAAACCGAGCUCUUCUGGUGGUAGUUCGCAGCAACCAGCACAAAAGAGCAACGUGAGGCCUCAGGGAGUGAAUGGUGACACUAAAAGGAAAGAUCUUGAUGAGAGAGCUCACAUGUCAUCAACGGUUCAGACAAAGGCCAGUGUGGGUACAUCAAGUAGCAAGCCUGUUCAUAAUGAGCAAAAGAGACCUUUGGCUAACAAUAUCAGUCGGAAUGGGUUUAAACCUAAGAUUGAAGGGAAUAGUUCUCAGGCAUCUGCUAAGAGACCUCUUGAGAGAGGAAGCUCUUCAAACCAAUCUUCUGUUAAGAGGGUGAAACUUGAGCAAGGUUCACACAAUUCAGCAGCUACGCCAGAUAGCAAAGGAAAGAAUCUGGAUGCGUCAAAGCCGUUGAGAGUUAACCAAGGAACUGUUAAAGAAGAUGACUCAGACGGUGAUGAUCAUGUUCCUAUUGCCUCGAGGAUGAGGCCAGAUUCCUCAAAUAAUAAAUCAUCCUCCGUGAAACCAAAUGCUAGUAGAAUGACAGCGUCUUCGUCCAAAAGUAUAGCUAAGAAGCCCAACAAAUGGGUGAAAGAUUUUAAUUAUUCCAAGUCUUCAAGAUCAUUACCUUCUGGAGAUGGGCAAAAGAAAUGGAAAACUCUAGAGCACAAUGGUGUUAUUUUUCCACCUCCAUAUAAAUGUCACGGUGUUAAGAUAUUGUAUCAGGGAAAGCCAGUUGACUUAACUCCUGAACAAGAAGAGGUUGCCACUAUGUUCGCAGUGAUGAGAGAAACGGAAUAUUACAGUAAACCAAUGUUCAGAGAUAAUUUCUGGAAUGAUUGGCGGAAACUACUUGGAAAGAAUCAUGUGAUCAGAAAUUUAGAUGAUUGUGAUUUCAGUCCCAUAUAUGAAUGGUAUAUGCAGGAGAAGGAGACAAAGAAACAAAUGAGCGCAGAAGAGAAAAGGAUUUUGAAAGAGGAGAAAUUAAAGCAGGAAGAGAAAUACAUGUGGGCUGUUCUUGAUGGUGUCAGGGAGAAGGUUGGAAAUUUCAGAGUUGAACCCCCUGGUUUGUUUCGUGGCCGAGGAGAGCAUCCUAAGAUGGGGAAACUGAAAAAGCGGAUUCGUCCUUGUGAUAUUACAAUCAACAUCGGUAAAGAGGCGCCUAUUCCAGAAUGCCCUAUCCCUGGUGAAAGGUCCUUUUCUUUGUGUUUCCCUUUGAAGAAAGACGACCACAUAGGGCAUAUUAGAGCAGCAUACACCAAAGAUUUUGGUAACAAGGAUGUAACAAAGCGGCAAAUAGCUGUUGCUACAUAUCUCAUCGAUAAGCUAGCCCUCAGGGCUGGAAAUGAGAAGGACGAUGAUGAGGCAGAUACUGUUGGUUGUUGUACUUUGAAAGUAGGAAACGUGGAUUGUAUUCCUCCAAAUAAGUUAAAGUUUGACUUCCUCGGUAAAGACUCUAUUCAGUACGUAAACACAGUUGAGGUUGAGCCCCCUGUUUAUAAGGCAAUUGGGCAGUUCCAAGCGGGAAAAUCGAAAACCGAUGAUCUCUUUGAUGAGCUAGAUACUUCAAAACUCAAUGCUCACCUUAAGGAACUCAUGCCUGGUCUCACAGCCAAAGUCUUCCGUACCUAUAAUGCAUCCAUCACAUUGGAUGAAAUGUUGAGUAAAGAAACCAGAGAUGGAGAGGUUCCUGAGAAAGUGGUGGUUUAUCAGCAAGCAAACAAGGAGGUGGCCAUCAUUUGUAACCAUCAACGUACUGUCUCAAAAUCUCACGGAGCACAAGUCGAGAAGCUGGCUGUGAAAAUAGAAGAACUAAGGGAGCAAUUAAAAGAGCUGGAUAUCGAUCUCGACAGGGCUAAGAAAGGAAGAACGCCAUUGAUGGGCUCUGAUGGAAAAAGAAAGAGGAAUUUGACACCUGAGGCGUUACAGAAGAAGAUAAUGCAAACGAAUGGUAAGAUCGAGAAGAUGGAAAGAGACAUGCAAACGAAGGAGGAUAUGAAAACAGUAGCGUUAGGCACCUCUAAGAUCAAUUACAUGGAUCCUAGGAUCAGUGUUGCGUGGUGCAAACGACACGAUGUUCCCAUCGAGAAGAUAUUUAAUAAGUCUCUUUUGGCUAAGUUUGCUUGGGCAAUGGACGUUGAUCCUGAGUUCAGAUUCUGA